AUGUUGUGUGGACUAAGAGCCAAGUACGAGAGACAGGGCCAUUCUAUCCAGGAAGAUAUCAGGGCUCGUCUAGUAGCAGAGAAUCGGCUAAAGAAAAAGUACAGCCGCCCUGCUGUAGAUACUGACAGUCUAUACCAAUCUCAUGUCAUUCAUCCACAAAGCGAAAGCUCGUGUCUAGACAGCUGUGGCCGCGACGCCCAGUCUGUGAGCAUACGUACUGCCCGGGACGAAGUUGAGGAUGAUCCGGCUAUCCACUACGGUUUGAUCGCCUCAGCGAAUCAGCUGAUGAAAGAUGCCAAGCUUCGAGAUCAAUAUGCAAAUGAAAAAGGCAUUUUUAUGCUUCGAGAUGGAAGCAGCAGGCAUAUUGUUCCACAGACAUAUACCGAGUUGUGGAUCUACGACGUCAAUGCUCAUUCGGAACCCCAAUCUCCUGGAUAUGCAGUCUCCGAGGCGAUUAGGACUACGAGUGAAGUCAUUACCGAUAUCGAGUCCACGGUAGCGAAAGACGGCGAUGACAAAAUUCUCAACUGGCCAACGCCAACACCAAUCGACUAUGGCUCUCAGUAUAGCGACCUCUUGAAGGUCCGGCAACCAGGAACUGGCCAAUGGUUUUUGGACUCAACACAGUAUCAGACCUGGCGGACCACACAGAAACAAAUUUGUUCUCUCUAA